CUACGCCGUCACCGUGCAGGAAUCCUACGCCCAUCCGUUCGACCAGGUCUACUACACCCGCUGCACCGACAUCCUCAACUGGUUCAAAUGCACCAAACACAGGGUGAGAAAUGAGCGCCGCAGCUUCCUUAUCUGCCUGCUGUACAAUGCAGAUAUCACUUCUUAUCAGGACCGGGGAGAUUUUAGAGCAGCGCUGUGUACGGAGGASUGUGUCCACGGCCGCUGCGUUUCUCCGGACACCUGCCAGUGUGAGCCGGGCUGGGGGGGGCUGGACUGCUCCAGCGGCUGUGAGAGCGACUUCUGGGGGCCCCACUGCACCAACCGCUGCCAGUGCCGCAACGGGGCCAAAUGCAACCCGAUAACGGGCGCCUGCGUCUGCAGCGACGGCUUCCAGGGCUGGCGCUGCGAGGAGCACUGCCACCACAACCUCUACGGCAAAGACUGCAUGCAGGAGUGCCAGUGCCUCAACGGCGCCACCUGCCACCACCAGAGCGGGCAGUGCCUCUGCGCGCCCGGCUACACCGGCAGCUUCUGUGAGGAGCGCUGUCCUCCAGGUCAACACGGCUCCAUGUGCGAGCAGCGCUGCUCCUGUCAGAACGGAGGAACCUGCCACCACGUCACCGGGGAGUGCUGCUGCCCGCCCGGCUGGAUGGGUCCGGUGUGCGCCCAGCCGUGCCCCUUCGGCUGGUUCGGCAUCAACUGCUCCGAGGAGUGCACGUGUCGGAACGGAGGCUUGUGCGACCACAUCAGCGGCGUGUGUCAGUGCACCGCCGGCUACAUCGGAGAGAGGUGCCAGGAGGAAUGCCCGGUGGGAACCUACGGCCCGCAGUGCGCCCAUAAGUGCGACUGCCUGAACCGGGCCCGGUGCUACCACAUCAACGGGGCGUGUCUCUGCGGCGAGGGCUUCAAGGGCCCCAGCUGCCAGGACCGCUUCUGCCCCGCCGGCCUCUACGGGCUGCUGUGCGACAAGACCUGCCCCUGCAAGGGCAGCAACACGCUCAGCUGCCACCCGCUGUCGGGGGAGUGCACCUGCGCCGCCGGAUGGGCGGGGCUUYACUGCAACGAGACCUGCCCCGCUGGUUACUACGGCGACGGCUGCAAGGAGCCGUGCAGCUGCGCCAACGGAGCCGACUGCGACGGCGUGAGCGGAGCCUGCGUCUGCGCGCCGGGGUUCAUCGGAGACGACUGCGCCAUCAGCUGCCCUCCGGGUCUGCACGGCGCCAACUGCUCCGCCGCAUGCUCCUGCCGCAACCGGGCCUCCUGCUGGCAUGUGGACGGCACCUGCAUCUGCAGAGAAGGCUGGCAGGGCGUGGACUGCUCCAUCCCCUGCUCCAGCGGCUCCUGGGGCUCCGGCUGCAACCAGACGUGUCAAUGCGCCAACGAGGCGGCCUGCGACCCCAUCAACGGCUCCUGCACCUGCUCAGCGGGCUGGAGGGGCGAAUACUGCGACGUCCUCUGUCCCGACGGGUCCUACGGGUUGGACUGCAGGGAGAGAUGCGACUGUCUCCACGCCAACGGCUGCGACCCGCUGACAGGAACCUGCCGCUGCCUCGCAGGCUGGACCGGCGUCCACUGCGACAGCGUGUGCUCUGAGGGCCUCUGGGGGCCGAACUGCUCCUCCAGCUGCUCCUGUGAGAACCGAGGCUCCUGCGCGCCGGAGGACGGCGGCUGCGUGUGCGCCGCAGGAUACCGCGGCACCAACUGCAGGAGAACCUGCUCCCCAGGGUCCUACGGCCUGCGCUGCAGCCAGCCGUGUCCUCAGUGCGUCCACAGCGACGCGCCCUGCCACCACGUCACCGGCCGCUGCGACUGCCUCAGCGGGUUCUUCGGCUCCCUCUGCAACCAAGUGUGUCCCAGCGGGAAGUUCGGCAAGGCCUGCGCCGAGGCCUGCGCCUGCACCAACAACGGCACCUGCAACCCGCUGGACGGCUCCUGCCAGUGCUACCCCGGCUGGAUCGGAGACGACUGCUCCAAACCGUGUCCUGCAGGGUCCUGGGGUCCAGACUGCCUCCACCUGUGCAACUGUCACAACGGAGCCGAGUGCAGCGCCGCGGACGGAGAGUGUUCCUGCAGCCCCGGGUGGACUGGACUCUACUGCACGCAGCGCUGCCCGUCGGGUUUCUACGGCGCUCAGUGUUCGGAGGUUUGCCGCUGCCAGAACGGCGCCGACUGCGACCACAUCGGCGGCCAUUGCUCCUGCAGGACGGGCUUCAUCGGGCCCAGCUGUGAGCUCAAGUGUCCGUCAGGGACGUUUGGCUACGGCUGCCAGCAGCUCUGCGAGUGCAUGAACAACGCCACGUGCGACUACGUGACGGGAACCUGCUACUGCAGCAUCGGCUUUAAGGGCAUCCGCUGCGACCAGGCCGCCCUGAUGAUGGAGGAGCUGAACCCGUACACCAAGAUCAGCCCGGCUCUGGCGUCGGAGCGGCAGUCGGCCGGCGCCGUGCUGGGCAUCGUCUUCCUGCUGCUGCUCAUCAUGGCCAUGCUGGUUCUGGUGGUCUGGUUCCGGUACCGGUACCGGCAGCGGGAGAAAGGCCAGCAGGCGCCCAGCGUCAGCUACACCCCCGCCCUGCACAUCGGCUCCACCGACUACUCGCUGUCAGGGCUGCAGUGUGCAGGCCUGCUCUCCUCUGCAGACUCGUCUCCCAGCAGCAGCUCCGCCGCCGCCGGCUGCUUCUCCAACCCCAGUUACCACACGCUGGGGCCGUGCGGCUACGCCGCGCACUACGCCAAGCCGGACAAGAAGAGCGCCGCCCAGAUGAAGCCGAAGAAGAGAUUCAGGAACAGCGCUCCGGAGUGGGGCGCCUACUGCAACCUCACUGAUCUGGGAGUUUACUGCAUCGACCGGCGCCUCAGUUACCACCUGGAGCCGCCCUGCAGAGACUACAUGAAGGGCUCUCUGUCCAGCACCUGCUCCCUGAACAGCGAGAAUCCGUACGCCACCAUCAACGACCAGCCGGCGCUCUGCAAGCACGCCGAGAGCAGCUACGUGGAGAUGAAGUCGCCGGUGCAUCACGAGCACGCCACGCGCUGCUGCUCCGCCGCCAUCAUCAGCGGCGGCGGCGGCGUUCCGCCCGUCAGGAACGUCUACGACAUCGAGCCGACCGCCGGCGCCGCGCUGCUCCCCGGUUACCCUCAGAACCCGUACGACCUGCCCAGGAACAGCCACAUUCCGAGCCACUACGACCUGCUGCCGGUGCGGCCCAGCCCGACCCGCAGCAUCACCCCGCCGCCGCCCGGCAGCCCCACCAGCUCGCUGCUCUGAGCCCAGCGCCCUCACUGGGACGCUCCCAGUUCCACCAGUUGAUUUCUUCGUGGCUGUGUUUGAACUUGAUGAACUGAACUUCCCGCAGAGGGAAGACGUGACGGAUCCGCUGUUCAAAGGAACUGAAGAACUGAAAGUUCCUGAACCGUCGGCGCCGUUUCUCCAGACAGGAAACCUCUUUGGGAACAUUUCUGCUAUUUUUACACAGUUUCUUAUUUCCUGCUCACAUCUAGCAGGAAUCAAAGUUUCUCUUUUCUAUGUUCUAGAUAUAUCUGUUCUAGAUAUGGACUUCUGGAUAUUGUUGUGCUUUUCUCUUAUUGUGUUGAGCUUCGUUCUCCUGCAUGCCAAAGAAAGAUAGAAAAUAUUGAGAAAAGCCCGAUAGUUUUUCUGCUGAUGUUUUGGUUGAUAAUCGCCAUGUGACUCAAACACCUCCGACCUGCAGGAGGCGCUGCUGGUCGACCUCCGACCUGCAGGAGGCGCUGCAGACAAAACCUCUCCAGUUUCUCUCCUUCAAAAGUGGAAAAAUCGUAGCAAAGAGUCGUUUCCAGAAAACGCUUCACUCUCUUUUCAGACGGAUGAAACCGGUGCAGCUCUAGCGCCACCAUCAGGUUACAGCCGGAUCUCAUCUACAGUUCACGGCUUUAGAGCAGAAUGUGCUGAAAGGUCAAGGUUCAAACCGGAAACAGGGAAAGUUCCUUCAGGCCAGGAGGGAAAAUCAGGGAACAGAAACAAAGAUGAACAGAAAUAAUUUGGAUGAUUCAGCCUGACAGCAAAACAUGGGAUUAUUUUAAAAAAUUUCACAAAAUGAUUAAUUUCAAAACGGUUCCAAAUUAUUUUGUUUAAACUUAAAGACGUAGCUUCCAAACUAAAAUAUUUAGCUCACUACCUAAAUAUGUAAUUAUAAGCUACAGAUUUAGCUUCCUAAAUAAAUAUUUAGUUUGGAGCAACACUUUUAGCUUGUUUAUCUAUUAUUUAGUUUAUUCAGCCACAACUAAAUAUUUAAAUUGAAGCUAAAUAUUUAGCAGCUUUGACACUUAAAUUAAUGUAUAACAUUAUGAAAAUCUGACUUAGAAAAAUGAGCGGCCAUUUUUCUUUUAUUACAGGCUAAAUAACCCAAAUUGUUGCAGUAAACUUUUGACUGGCCGGAUCCGGUGGGAUGGAGGAAGAGUUGAUGUUAAGAGACGGGAAAAUGAAAUCCUGAAUCCACCUGACAUGAGUUUUUCCACUCGCUCCGUGACGCCCUGGACAAACGGAAAACCAUCAUUUCCUGUUUCACCUUCACGGCUGUGGAGGCAGCAGCUGUUAGCUGAAGGUUUUUUUGUUAAGAUCUCCAGACUUACCUCUAAAAAAGUGAACAUUUUCUUUUUGUAUUUAACAGGGUGAACAUUUCCUCAUGCAUAGAAAACAUGCAUACGGGUUUCCAUACUUGUGUCUUUCCUGUUGAUUUAUUAUGAAUCUUAUAAAACCUCCACUUCUGCAGGUCAUGCAGUGAGGGAACCUUUGGUUUGUUAAAACGCUCUCAGACCGGAUCUUUUUACUGCAAAACCACCGUGAUCGAUUUUUAUCUGAUCCGCUGAUUGUAACAUCUGUAAACAAAAGAGCAAAAAGAUGGAACCCGAGGACUCGGCCUUGAGGCAUCCCGAAACUAAUCCGUUUAUCUGUGGAAAGGUGCGGAAGUUCAGCCGCGGCAAUAAGAACAUGACAAUCAGAUGUAAAACUGCUAAUUUUGUGUUUUGAUUCCUUUUUUAAAAAUACUUUCCUGUUCAUCUCUGACAGAGAAAUGUUUGAAUAGAUGUACCGACUGCUUUGUUUUCCCCACUUCCUUACCUGAAUAAAGUCGGCCUGACUCAGGGGGGCGUGUCGUCAUCAUCGGUUAUGUUCAACAACGCAACUUCCGCUUCUGAGCUUCUGCUACGACCUGUUAGCAAAAACAUGCCGGACAUGUUGACCGACGUGUUUCUCCUCCAAACCUGAAGUUACAUCUCUGGUUAAAAAACAAACAUGUCGCCCAUCAUGUCCGAAAGUCUGCAGCAGCUGUGUGGGUCUUAGAGAAGAAGAGUUUAGGUGGCGGGAGCUGAAUCGUUGUGGAUGGUAACCAUGGUAACGGUUUGCGUUCCCAGCCAACUGCCUGACUUCACGUCACGGCGCAGUUACAACGCAAUGACGUCACAGCUUCCGGCUGAAAACCAUGAAUUUGAAAAAAAAAAAAAAAAAAAAUUAAAUGUUGAAAGUACAUUUUAAAAAUAUGCAAACGUCACGAUGUCCGACGUGUUGCCGGUCUGCGUGUUAGCUUGCUAGCUACUAGCCGAGAUCCAAAACUGUUCCGAGUCGCUGCGUGAUGCAAAAACUAGAGAAAGAAUAAAUAACUGAGUUGAUCAGCAGGUUUAUGACUGGUGCGCUUUAUUAAGAUAAACUGAUAACUUAUAUAGACACAAUUGUACAAUUCAUUGGUCUGUACAAAACAAAACCAUUCGAGUCGCGCCCACGCUUCGCCGUCACACCUGGUGGAAAUGACGUCAUUUCAUUCUGGUGUUUUCACUGAAAUUACAGUCAGUUACAGGAUUCAAUAGAGUAAAAAAAAAA